AUGUCAGAGCGAUCGGCUGCUAUAGCCCUCCGCGAGUCCUUUGGCGACCGCAAGCUGCCGGACAUCAGUCGCAAGAUCACGGCGUGUGUGACUUGCCGGAAGCUCAAGAUCAAAUGUCAUAUGACACAAUCGAAGCCGCCCUGCACCCGAUGCAAAGCUCACAACACGCCAUGCGUAGUCAACAAGAGCCUGCAGACGCUCUUGGAGGCAGAUGCAACAUGGAAAGAGGACAUGGAGCAGCGGCUUGCCAGGCUCGAGCAGGCCCUGUCAGGAAGUGAGCAGCCCGCCGAAGUCCGUAUUCAACAAAGUCCCAAUGUAGCGAAGACUCCCAUUCGACAAGCACACUACAGCCCAGGCGGACACCGCAUCAACGUUGAGCUGGAUCUCUCAUGCAGCUUGGGGGCUUUUCCAGCAGCGUCCAUCACCAGUCUCAGCCAAGGAGUGGAUGGCAUCGAGACGCCGUCAUGGCCGGAUAUCAUCUCUCGCGGCAUCAUCUCCGUAAAGCAGGCAAAACAGCACCUGGGCUUCUUCCAACAGUAUCUGGAUCCGCUCAUCUGUCAGCCGCUCGGCCCAGUCCCGACUGUAGCGGCUCUUCGUGCAAGAUCCACUCUACUGACCGCUGCCGUCUGUACCGUGGCCGCCUUCUGCACCGACUCAGAUGAAUAUCCAGCUUGUCUGUCUGGCCUGCAGGAAGAAGUUUUCCGCAAGCUGUUCGCCCAAAGCAAUUCCUUUGACGACGUACUUGCCCUCUGCGUUGGAGCUUUCUGGCUGCGAGGCAUUGCUGGUACUCUUCAAGGUUUAGCUGUCCGCAUCGGCUAUCAACUCGACCUCCACAGAUGCAUCACCAAGAUGCCUCAUACCGACGUUGCGUGCUACAAUCGGACCAGAAUAUAUUUCCUCACAUUCCUGUGCGACCACCAUUGCUCUCUGGUCUACGGUAAACCGUCCAUGACGCACGAAUGGAGGAGCUUGAAGAAUCCAGCGACGCUGCUCCAGAGCGAGUAUUCAACGCCGGCAGAUCUGUUCUUGAUUUGUCAAAUCGAGUUGUGGUCUAUCAACCGACGAGUCUUUGAGACCUUUGGAGCAGACAUUCAUUCUCCGGCGGCGAGUCGUAAUGUGGUGGAGAUCAAUCGACUGGAUGGGGCGUAUUCCACGUGGUACAACAACUGGAAGACCGCACUGAGUGUCGAGCAGGACGCCGUCGACACUGAGCUGCAGCAUAUCCUGGUCGACUUCUACUACCACUCUGGACGGCUGUUCCUCUUUUCGCACGUCUUUCGUGGUCAAGCUUCCACCCCUAGCACAGCCCGAUCGAACCAGGAUGCUUUCGAUUGUGCACUCUCGGUGAUCAGAUGCUUCACUCUCUGGCAAGGAGCUUCCCAAUGGAUUCACAAGCUGCCUUCCUACUUCUCUACCAUGAUCGCCUUUGCGUGCGUCUGUCUGGUUCGUGCUAGCUUUCAAGCAGAACAACACGGAGGAAUGAGUCCUGAUCAGGCUCGAAAUGAGAUCAAGAGACUGGUGACCCUGUUCCGUGCCAUCGAAGGUCAAAGCCAACCUCUUGCCAGCUUUGCCGAUACCCUGGAGUCAGCAGUGGGAAGUCAGCAACCAGUGAAAACUGACUUUGACGCCCCAGGAUUCAACAUCGACAUGGCAGCAGAUUUUGACUGGGACAACUUCUGGAGCGAGUCGAUGAACUCGGACUUGCUCGGCAACGAGAUGACUUGGAUGUUUCCUCUCAACGACGGUCUCUGA